AUGACACCAACAAUGCUAUCUGCAAUAUGGAUAUUUCUAAGUAUAUCAAUAGCUUUGGGGCAAUUGUUAUCAGCAGGACAAACAGAUUGGAUUGUUCAUGGAAAUUUAUCUCAAGGACUUUUUGCUAAUUGUUAUCUUCAAGAAUGUCAAUUAAGAUCAUCAUUGUGGCCUUUAUUUACUUUAACAAUUUAUUUAUUUGGAAUAUCAUUGUUAUUUUUUUCAUCAUUAAUAGCUAUACCAUAUUUAAUUUUUACAAAUAAUGCUAAACCAAUUGAAAUAUCAGCAAAUGCUCAAUUGAUAGGUGUUUUUUUUAUGGGACUUACCGUUAUUUCUGUUCCUAUAAUGAAUAUUGAAGAAAUUCAUUGUACAGCUAAUCAAUUGCUUCAAUCACACUAUUGCAGGUACGAUUUAUUAAAUACAAAAAAAUAUUAA